UUUGAUUGUUUGAUAAUGAUAAUUGACAUUUUGCAUUGAAUAUUGAUAAUAAAGUGCAGAUUUGUAUCGCCUCGUAUUGCACAGAAAUAAAAUAUUUAACAAUAGUGGUGAAUCCUAUUAAUAAUUUAUAAUGUCUGUGCCACCGCAAGCAUUUGUAAAUAAGAAUAAGAAACAUUUCCUGGGGAUCCCAGCUCCCUUAGGUUAUGUUGCUGGUGUUGGUAGAGGUGCUACGGGUUUUACAACAAGAUCUGAUAUUGGUCCAGCUCGAGAUGCUAAUGAUGUUUCUGAUGACCGACACGCCCCACCAGCUGCUAAACGCAAGAAAACUGAGGAAGAGGAUGAUGAUGAGGACUUGAACGACUCCAACUACGAUGAGUUCUCAGGGUAUAGUGGCUCAUUGUUCUCUAAAGAUCCUUAUGAUAAAGACGAUGCAGAAGCCGACGCCAUUUAUGAAUCAAUUGACAAAAGAAUGGAUGAGAAGAGGAAAGAGUACAGAGAGAAACGGCUUAAGGAGGAUUUGGAGAGAUAUCGUCAAGAAAGACCAAAAAUUCAGCAGCAAUUCUCAGACCUGAAACGAGAGCUGAAGUCAGUAUCGGAGGAUGAAUGGGCCGCCAUCCCUGAGGUGGGCGAUGCGAGGAACAGAAAGCAGAGGAACCCUAGAGCGGAAAAGUUCACUCCACUGCCAGACAGUGUGCUAUCCAGAAACCUGGGUGGAGAAUCUGCUACAUCUAUAGACCCUGGGUCUGGUCUGGCGUCUAUGAUGCCUGGCGUCAUGACCCCAGGAAUGCUGACACCUUCAGGGGAUUUGGAUCUAAGGAAGAUAGGUCAAGCCAGAAACACUCUGAUGAACGUGAAACUGUCUCAAGUAUCGGACUCAGUUAGUGGUCAAACAGUGGUUGAUCCUAAAGGCUACCUCACAGACUUGCAGUCCAUGAUACCUACCUACGGAGGAGACAUCAAUGACAUAAAGAAAGCAAGAUUGCUUCUGAAGUCUGUUCGGGAAACUAAUCCUAAUCAUCCACCUGCUUGGAUUGCUAGUGCCAGAUUGGAAGAAGUCACAGGUAAGAUGCAGUCAGCGCGUAACCUGAUAAUGAAGGGUUGCGAGAUCAACCCGAGCUCCGAGGAGCUGUGGUUGGAGGCGGCGCGGCUGCAGCCGCCCGACACGGCGCGAGCCGUCAUCGCGCACGCCGCGCGGAACCUGCCGCAUAGUGUGCGCAUAUGGGUGAAGGCGGCCGACUUGGAGCAGGAGAUUAAGGCAAAACGCCGCGUAUUUCGCAAAGCGUUGGAACAUAUUCCAAACUCAGUUCGAUUGUGGAAAGCAGCAGUAGAGCUUGAAAACCCGGAAGACGCUCGGAUACUCCUCUCCAGGGCAGUGGAGUGUUGUCCUACUAGUGUGGAACUGUGGCUCGCUUUGGCUCGGCUUGAGACGUAUGAGAAUGCGAGGAAAGUGCUCAAUAAAGCGCGCGAGAACAUUCCUACUGAUCGGCAGAUUUGGGUUACCGCUGCUAAGUUGGAAGAAGCUCAUGGUAACACCCACAUGGUGGAGAAGAUCAUAGACCGUGCUAUCACAUCGCUGAGCGCUAAUGGAGUGGAAAUCAACAGAGAACACUGGUUCAAAGAGGCUAUGGAGGCUGAGAAGUCUGGAGCCGUGCAUACUUGUCAGGCUAUAAUUCGAGCGGUCAUCGGCACUGGCAUUGAACCUGAGGAUCAGAAACACACUUGGAUGGAAGACGCCGAAGCGUGCGCAAACGAAGGCGCGUACGAGUGCGCACGCGCGGUGUACGGGUACGCCCUCUCCGUGUUCCCGUCUAAGAAGUCCAUCUGGCUGCGGGCGGCGUACUUGGAGAAGCAACACGGCACCAGGGCCAGCCUGGAGGCGUUGCUGCAACGGGCCGUGGCGCAUUGCCCCAAGUCUGAGGUGCUGUGGCUCAUGGGGGCCAAGUCCAAAUGGUUGGCAGGCGACGUUCCAGCCGCCCGGGGUAUCCUCUCACUGGCCUUCCAAGCGAACCCCAACUCAGAAGAAAUCUGGUUGGCAGCUGUCAAGCUGGAGAGCGAGAACAAAGAGUAUGACAGAGCGAGACGACUGCUGGCUAAAGCUAGAGCAUCUGCCCCUACGCCUAGGGUGAUGAUAAAAUCAGCAAAACUAGAAUGGGCGCUUAAUAAUUUAGACGUGGCGCUAAAUCUGCUGGAAGAGGCAAUCAAAGUGUUCGGCGACUAUCCUAAACUGCACAUGAUGAAGGGAGAGAUUGAGGAACAAAUGGGCAAGGAUGAUGACGCGCAUAACACGUACACGCAAGGGUUGAAGAAAUGCGCAACGAGUGUGCCCAUGUGGAUAUUGCUAUCAAAACUGGAGGAGAAACUAAAACAUGUAACGAAAGCUAGAUCUGUCCUGGAAAAGGCGAGACUCAGGAAUCCAAAGAAUCCAGAAUUAUGGUUGGAGAGCGUGCGGCUAGAGCGGCGGAACGCGAGCGCGGAGAUAGCGAACGCCGUGAUGGCGAAAGCCCUGCAGGAGUGUCCCACGGCCGGCCGCCUGUGGGCCGAGGCCAUCUUCAUGGAGCCCCGGCCGCAGAGGAAGACUAAGAGUGUGGACGCCCUGAAGAAGUGUGAGCACGACGCUCACGUGCUGCUGGCAGUAUCCCAGCUGUUCUGGACGGAGAGGAAGAUCAACAAGUGUCGCGAGUGGUUCAACCGGACUGUAAAAAUCGACGCGGACCUUGGCGACGCGUGGGCUUACUUCUACAAGUUCGAGUUGCUCCACGGCAACGAGCAGCAACAGGAAGACGUGAAGUCUCGCUGCAAAGCCGCCGAACCACACCACGGGGAGUACUGGUGUAAGGUCUCCAAGGACAUCGCCAAUUGGUGCUUCAAUCCAGAACAGAUACUACUGCUGGUCGCCAAGAACCUCCCCGUGCCGACGUAGUGACUGAUUUAAGUGCAGAAGUAAAGACUUAUAAACAAAGAAACUGAUAAGUUUUGAGUUACGGUCGGUGAUGUUGGUAAUCUACCUCACAACUCACUCGGUAGAAGAAGUUAGGAAGAGCGUAAUUGAACAGGUAAGUGGAAUCGCUUUUAGAAAACCGUGAAUGUUUUGGUUAUUAUAAGUAAAUAUGAAUAACAUUAUUUACAAUAAUAUAACAGCACCUUAGUAGUUUGUUUGACAUUUGUAUAUUGACCGUUUGCAUACUUGCAAUACGUGGUUACACUCACCCGUUCUAAGUGCUCCUCUUUUUUUGUAGAAUAAAUAAUCGUAGGCAGUGAAUUGGCAAUUAUUUUUAAAUUAUUGCUCCUGUAUUCUUUUUUUCUUUUUUGUGUUCUUUUGGCCUGGCUUGAGUGCAAUAUGGUAAUGGUACAAAGGUUUGUGCAACCAGGCCAGGCCAGAAAGUUUCAAAAGAAACAAAUAUGGAACAAUGUUUAAAAAAGUAAUUUAAAUUCACUACCUAUGAUUAUUUCUUCUUCUGUAGCUUAAAGUUCGUUCUUGUUUCAAAUGAAUGAAUGAAUGAAUAAUGAAUGAAUCCCUUAGCGAAUGUAUGAACUGGUGAAUCCUUGUGCAUGAAGCUGGUAAUGAUAUCGUCGUGUUCGUCGUCAUAAUCGUUCAUGUUCUCAUCACGCUGUCAUUACAAAUAAGUAUUUUAUGUGUUCCGUAACAGAUUCGUAAAUUCCUGUUUUUCCGAUCUUUAGUGCAUUGCCCUUGUUUUAUGUGAACAUAUGUAAGAAGGUAUUAAUAAUGAGGUACUGAUGUUUAGUUUGAAAUAUCACGAUCGAAAUACUGUGU